GCGGCGUCGUUGCCCCCCUUCGCGAUUACCGACCGACCGACUAGGGAGGGGCCUCCUUAAAUAAACGAAGCCAACCCCCGCCCCAAUUCCUCUUCUGUGCCUCUCGCUAGGUAGUAGGGGCCAUCUCCUCGAUCAUAUUCCCAAUCUCCUCCAAACCCUACUCCUAAUCCCCCACAAGGAAAAUCAUGGCUCAGCGAGAAAAAGAGGAGACGGAGCUCCAAGCCCCCGAAACCCUCACCCUCUGCGUCAACAACUGCGGCUUCUACGGCAACCCCGCCACCAAUAACAUGUGCAAAACCUGCUUCAAAGCCUCCGCCGCGUCCGCGUCCGCGUCCGCGUGCGCGUGCUCGUCCGCGUCCGCGUCCGCAACCAUCUGCUCCUCUCCGCCGCCCUCUGUCUCCGUCCCCGAGAAGCCGAGAGCGGAUCCGAAGCGGUCGCGUCCGGAUCCGGCGGCGGCGCAAGCGGCGAGGAAGGUGAAACGGUGCGCCCGGUGCACGAAGAGGGUGGGGUUGACGGGGUUCCGGUGCCGGUGCGGCGAGCUGUUCUGCGGGGAGCACCGGUACUCGGACCGGCACGCGUGCGUCUUCGACUACAAGACCGCCGGGAGGGAGGCCAUCGCACGGGAGAAUCCGCUGGUCAGGGCGUCCAAAAUCAUUAAGAUCUGAUCUCGGUUUCGAGGGGACCGUCUAAUUUGGAGCUUAAAUUCGGGACUUGGGAGUAAAACGAAAAGGAGAAGAUACAUAUAUUUUUGUUGGAAUUUGGAAAGAGAGAAAAAAAAAAAUAAUAGUAGUUUUUUACACACAAGAAGAAGAGGAAAAAAAACAAAAAAAACGAGAAAAGGUGCUUCAUUAGCGUUAUUGUGCUUGUGGACUCUUCUCUGGUAUCUAUCGAGAUGUCUAAAAUUUUAUAAUAUUCAGAAAUUUUGUGAUUCAAGUAGAAGAGAAAUAACGCGGUGGAGAUAUUUCGUUUGGUA